CUUUUAGGAUAAUUUAACUUGUAUGGUGUUAAUAUAUAUUUAUAAUAAUUUACAAUUGAUUUCACUUUCAGGGCUACUUUCUCCUGGGAAUAAUCAUCUAAUAUGCUUUAAAACCAUUAUUCAAAUGUUAUGCUCUUUCUCAAUAAAGAAAAAAAUAGUUUUUGAGACAUAUUGUGCCUUUAAAGAAAAUUUUUAUAAUCAAAUACCUGUUCAUCUCACACAGAUAAAGUUUGAGAUGAAACAGCAGCUUUUAUCUUUUUAUGUAAGUUUAUCAUUACUAAAAUAGACACAGUGAUAAGAUUUGUCAUAACUUUGCCCUAUUUUUAAGUUAGACAACUUACCUAACAAUGGGAGAUAAGAACAUUAGCAUUAUGGCAAACAGAGAAGACAGUAACUACUUUGAGAAUCAAGAAGAAAUGUUUUGUGAAUUUUGUUAUAAAGAUGGAAAACAAAGUCAACUUGCAGAAGGAUUUUGUGUAGAAUGUGUCACAUACUUCUGCACAACGUGCCUCAAAUAUCAUGAGAAAUUUCAUCCUCAUCACAUCCAGCAAGACAAAGACAGUAUGCCUCAGGACUUCUAUACACAAAUGUGCACUCAACAUCCGGAUGAGUUAGUCAAAUUCUACUGCCUGACUUGUAACAACACAGCAUGUUCCAUCUGUAAACUUAUCUCCCACAAACAAUGCCAAGAAAUACAUCAUUUACCAAAACUGGCAAAGAACUUUGAUAAAAUCAAAGAGUUUCUUUAUAUCAAAGAUGCUAUUGUAGAAGCUGAGAAACAGGUAGCAGAACUACAAUUGAUGGUUGAAAAUGGACAAGAAAAAGUCAGAAAAAACAACAUAGAGGUAAAAGCUGCAAUUAAUCAAGACAGGAAAGAAAUCAAUGAAACAUGUGACAAUCUAGAAAGCCAAGUAGAUGAAGCUGAAGCAAUGGACAAUGAAGAGCUGGAAAAAGUGAAGGGUAAAAUCCUUACAAUCACAACCAAAAUCAGGACACUGAAAUCGGAUGUAGAAAAUACAGUAUCAGACAGACAAAAAAGCAAAGUUUUUGUUGCCGUAAAGAGUGCAAAAGUUGACAGUCAAUCAAUCUUAGGAAAUUUGCAGAAUUUGAAAGCUUCUUUAGAAGAAAAAGAAAUUUCUAAAUUCGAAUAUGCACCAUUUGAAACAUUACUGGAUAAUACCAGUACUGGAAACAGCAGACUUACAGCCACAAAAGAGAAGGUAAAAAAUGAAAGAGUUCUAUUUUGGUCACUUGUUGUGCUGGUAUUAUCAUUUGUUGUUGAUAUCUAUCAGUUUGAAGAGCCAAUCAAAUCUCAAGAGUUAAAACUGACCUUUGAACCACUAACUCUUAGCUACAUGUCUACAAACACACUUUUAACAGGUGCAUUUGAUCCCAAAAGCAUUUAUACUGUUGACAAAGCAAAUGAUAAACAUGAGGAAAUUUAUCUAGGCAACUCUGCUUAUACUAGUUCAGCUAAAGUAGCAGAUGAAAUAGCUAUAUUGUUCACUGACGGUUAUAUAGUGUUUAAUAGGAUAAAUGGACCACCUAUUAAUUCCAACAGACGAAACAAUAAAUAUAUACGAAACAAUAAAUAUAUACGUGUACAUAACAAUGGACAGCAUUUUGUUUACAACAAUGGCACUUUCUUUAUCCUGUAUGGAGGAGCAGAAAGCCGUAUAAAACUUUAUGAUAUAACUGGAAAUCUGCUAAAAGACAUAGCAAUAUGGGACAAGUUUCAAAUACUCAGCCCCUGGAAUAUAGCAGUUAGCCCUUAUAAUAAUAUCAUAUAUAUAACUGACUCAGACUUGGUGGUAAUGCUAACAACAGAUGGAGAGAUUAAAGGUUACUUUAGACAUACAGACCUUAUCAGACCAACUGGAAUGACAACUGACAGAGAUGGAAACUUGUAUGUCUGUGGCUACCUCUCAAAUAAUGUGUUUAAAAUUACUCCUGAUCUUUCACAAGGGUAUGAAUUAUUUGGUAAAGGGCAUGGCAUAAAUCGCCCAUUUAGCAUUUCAUAUAACGAAGAUGAAAAUGAAAUAGCAGUGGGCUGUUUUAGAAGAAAAUCUAUACAGAUUUUCAAAUUAAAUCAAACUUGGUUUCAAUACAUCAAACCAUUCUUUCGCAGGAUCCAAUUUUUGUUUACGAUACUAAAAUUAUUUCUUCAAUCUUAAGUGACUGAAAAUAUCUCUGAAAUAAAGUAUUCUGUACACACUGAACUGGUAAGAUUUAUAGAUAAAGCUAUGAUGACAUGCACACAGUAAUUCUAGUGAAAAAUGUAUCAAGACAAGAAUCUUAAAGCUGCAUUUAAAGGGAUUCCACUGAGUUUUUUGACUGACAGGACUGGAAAUAAUUUUUCGAGAUUAAUGCUCGAUUUGAUGUAGGUCUAGACCAAUAACUUUUCCGGAAUAAUCAUUUGAAUUAAGAAAAAUGGCUUUACUGAGAAGAGCACAAAAAUACAAUUUUAAUUCAUCAAAUUAUUUAUUUAUUAAUCUUUAAAAAAUUAUUUCUGAGUAUAUUUUAAAAUAUUUAUCUUUGCAUGUUAAGUGUCGCAGCUGAUAUUUAUAAGAAAUUCAGAUUUUAUGUUUUUAGGGUUGUGAACCUCGGUUGAGUUUUAAAUUUAAUCAAAUAUUGUUCAGAAAUUAUGAUUUUUAAAAGGGGAAAAAAAAACCCAUGGUAACACUAAAAUUCAUAUAUGAAUUUUAACAUGGAAAUGAAGUCUAUAAUAUGCUUGUGCAUGCACACAAAUAGUUAAAACAUCACAGUGUUAAAAAUCAAUAGCUGCUAUCCGAUUUUAUUGUUCAAAAAAGAGUUAUCAACCUUCAAAAAAGAUCAAAUUUGAAUGAGAACGUCUAUCAUUAAAUGCGGAAAUAAAAGGUUAAAUCCAAAGUGCUACUUAAAGCCAUGUUUGUUUGCUGAAUUUCUGUUGAUGUUAAAAUCAUCAAAUUAUAAAACCCAUUUUACUGCCUAAUUGUACUCAUUUCUGCUUUGUGAAAUUUAUUAAAUGCAGCUUUAAAUUCUAUCUAAAAUAACCAAAAAAAAGGGAAAAUUGUUACAAGCUCUGUUUCAAUCUUAUCAAUUUUGGCUAAUGACAAAUUGCAGAAAGAGAGUUCAUUUUUACUAUGUAUAGACAAUAACUCUGGACAAUAUUUUUUGCAAGUACAAUCUGUUACUAUUAUUCACCCAUCAUUGGAUUUGAUACUAAGGACAGAUAAGAUGGUUCAGUUCAAUAUUUUAAUGUGUUGUUGUAUAACUUUAUGAUAUAAUUCUGUAUAAUAAUCAUUUGUAAAUAUCUGAUGAUAGUUAUGUACUAUGUCAAUACAUGAUUCAGCACAGGGGUGUUUGUUAUUCUUCAUACAACUGUUUCAUAUUUUUUGUCUCAAAUCAAGACACAUUAUAAGGCCUUAAUACAACUUAACUGCUUUUUUGGAAGAUAAAGCGACUUAAAGUGUCCCUAAAAAGUUUAAUUUCAAGCACAGGCAUGUAUGUUAGCAGUAAGAUACAUCAAGACUAUACACUUGGUAUGUGUCAGCCAAAAAUGCAAAGCUUUUGAACAAACAUGUAUAUUUCUUAUACAUAG